CAGUGGAUUGCGAAAGGGCGUAUCGAGUGUAAACAAACGGUUCGAAUCUUGUUGAUUGGAAAGAUUUAGGUGAUUUGAAGCGGAAAAAGUGAUUUUGUGGGUUGGAAUUUGAUGAUAAAUCGAGUGAAGGUGGUAUUUUUGGUUUGAGUGGUGGGAUUUGCGAUUGGAAUAACGACGACGGAUUGGCGUUUUUUGAAUUUCGGUGCCGAUUGACGCGCUUGGCCCUUUCAAAAAGACAACCGUUAUUUUACGUAACCAAAUCGAUAGAUGAAUGACGUCACAUCUGUCAAAGUUUGUUCCACGGCCUAAAUUUUUUCCUCUUUAUUCCGCGAUGAGUAGUUUGUCGUAAAGCGAAGGAAAGUAACAAUUUCGGAACGAAAUAUCGCGAAAACAAGCGUGAAUUACUAGUUUCUGGUGUGGCAAAUCCGUUCCGGGACCGGAGAACAUUCGGUGCAGUGUGGAAGAAAAGUCGGAUCGAGCAAAAUUCGGAAAAGUGUCCACGACGACGUCUGGCUGCUCGAGAGCUGUGACAUUUUUUGUGCAGCUCUAUUAUAACCUAUAUUUUUCUUGCUGCUGCUGCUGGCUGAGGAAGUUUUGAUUUUCUCUCCUGGCGACGAAAGAAACGUCGACCAUCAUCAUCAACCAUCAUUGGAAGCAAAUCUCAAAGUGCAGCACACUGAUAGAUGUGGUGCGUGUACAAAUUGGAAGUGAAUUUCCUGUAAUUGAUGAUUCAACUCGCAAUGUAGACAUGGGACCGACGACAGAGUGUUAAACACAAAACGGCAACGGCAGCAAAUAAUGCUUCUUUUGGUGUGACGUCAAAUUUCCCGAGACCGUCGUAAAAAUGCAGAGUGGAGGAGGACCAUUGCAGCCGGGUCCGUCCGUAAUGCGAGGACUAACGUCGGGAGCACCGACCUCUUCACAGCAGCAGUCCGAAAUGCAGAAGAUGCAGUCUCAACCUCCGUUGAUGAAUCAACCGUACCAGCAGCAGAAUAUGUUCCGAAGCGCUGGUGCGAACCAAAAUACGCGUCCGCCGCGUGCCAUGGUACCAGCGUUUGGUACAACAUUUAUACCGACCCUAUACCAAAUUCCAUACGGUCCAAGAAUGAAUCAAUGGGGAAAUUAUGGCUCGAUGCCGGCAAUGCCCUAUUCGCAACAAUAUUUUGUACCCCCGCAACACAUCAUUUCCAAUCAACAUCAACAGAAUCGACGCAAUCCGGGCGGUGAAAACAAUCUUGUUAAUGUAAAUAGCAACUAUUCCGGAACACCUUCGAAUGGAAGCACUAAUCAGCUUAAUCCGCUAACGACUAUUCCGCAGAUGCCGCAGGUUCAGAUGCAACCAGGGCAACCAAAUCAGCAAUCGUCUCCGAUGACGCAUGAUCUUCUUGUAAUGCAACAAAUGCAUCCACCACCAGCUCAACAUACGCCUCAACAAGGAGUACCUGGUGCCCCAGGUCAGACCCCAAUGGAUCAACAUCAGCCAAAUCCUGCUCAAGUCAAUGUCGGAGCACCGCAACCUCAUCAUACGAUGAUGUCCCAAUUGCAGCUCGCUCCUCACAUGGCAACCCAGCAAGCAGCUCCGGCAACGAAAGUUAACAAAAAGAGAACACGUGGUUCCCGAGCUAUUCCAAUUAUCAAUCCAGAUACACACGAGGACGUUCUAGACAAGUAUUACGACAAUGAUUCAGCAACACCUGCGACGUCCUCUUCGUCCUCUACAACGGUAGUUUCAACAAGUGGACCACCACCAUCACUACCACCAUCCGGAACCGUAACUUCAGCACCGCCACCAACGGCCAAUUAUAGCACUAUUCCUCCAAAUGUACCCCAAGUUCCACUAAAUCCUCCAGUCGUAGACUCAGAAUAUGAUAAUUAUCCGCCUCAUCCUCACCAGGGAACACCGGAAUUGCCAGGUGGCAUGUUGCUGCAUCAUCAAGCACCACCCCAUCUGCAUCAUCCACCGCCGAAUCAUCCUCCGCCACCACCAACCCACGUUCAUCCCGUUCCUGGCCAAAUGUACGACAUGGGACGAUCACCAGCCGGCCAGCAACAACAGCAACAACAUGAGCAACUUGUCUACACUGGUGCCGGUGGCCCUUUGAAGACCGUUGUCAAUCCACCACCACAUCUUCCUCCACCGCCUCCACAUCAUACGGUGGUGGUUCCAGUAGUUCCAACAGCAGCUGAAAUGACUACAGCCAGCGGAACUCCGGUAGUCUCUGCCAACGCCAAUGCGCCAUCGGUAGAAAUCAAACCGUACCAACAGAAGAAGAAGAAACCAAUCAGCGAACCGCCACCACCACAACCACAGCAAGUGAUCCUUCAACAGCCUCCACCCUCGGUUCCACCACCACAGCAUCCAAUGCACCACCACCAACAUUCUCUUCCAGCAAACAUCAAUCAACCACCACCGCCAAUGACCGAUACGAUGUCCAUUCCUUACGGUGCCGGUGGUAUUCCGGAACGAUAUCGCACCUUCUCAGAGAAAUCGAUUGCCGAAUCAACCCUUUCGACUGAUGCGGAACCAUUCGUUUACACUGGUCCCACCAGCAUCAGCAGCAGCAAUCACCAUCAGCAGCAGCAACAGCAGCCGCCACGUGUAGAAGAAAUGCCUCAACCUCAAGUCGUUAUCGUGCCGGAAGUACCUCCCCCAAUGGUAAUCCCAAUGGUAGUGCCGGAGCAGCAACAACAGGAAAUCCCAGUUUCGCUCAACAAAACCGAAGUGGUGGUGGAAGAGCGAACAGCAGCCGCAGUAGAUUCGCUGGUGGCCAGCGUGGAGAAACUUAGCGUAGUGGAAGAUCAACCGGCGGCGGAAACCGUCGGCAGGAAGAACAAACAACAGAAGAAACGUACGGAGGAAGUAUCGUCUGCUAGUGAGACUAGCAGCAAAGAUUCAGGCAGUAGCAAAGCUCCUGCUACAACAAUGGUAGUGGUUGAACAGCAGAAACCAGAACCAGUCGACGAAACCGAUCGGUCUGCUGUUGUCUCAGUGAAGGAACCUCAUCAGCAGUCCCAACAGUCGUCGUCAUCGUCGUUAAUUAGUAAUUUAGUGGAACAUAAUACUAGUAAGUUAGAUAAUGAUAAUAUUAAUAAUAAUGUGGAUUGCACCAGUACUACGAUUACAACAAAAACCGAUACUACAACAACUACUACUACUUCUACGACAGACAACAACAAUGAAGCAUUGUCGCCGAUGGAAACGCAGUCCUCCACCACUCCACCGAAGCUGGUGGACGGAGAAAACAACGUCGAACAGCCGGAAUUCGACGCCAACAAGAACGUUGUGGUAAUGGUGGAGAGCCCAGUUGCCCCUCCGCCAGCUUCUGUGCCCUCGAAGGAAUCCACCCCGGUCCCAACGGAACAGUCCUUGCCGACAGCUGUGGCAGAGGUCAAGGAACCAUCGCCGGAAACGCAAAUGGCCGCUCUCAAAGCUCCAGCAGCAGUGGUUCCCAUCAAAAAGUCCCAUUCGCUGACACUCAUCGAUUACGACCCGGGCCAAUGGAGUCCGGACAAUCCAACUGGCAAGAAAAAGUACUCCCGCGACCAACUGAUGCAGCUGAAGAACUCGGCCCCGGCCCUAGAAAAGCCAUUGAACUUGCCCAACUGUUUGGAGAGAUCCAAUCACAGCGGCGGCCACUCGAUGGGAGGUUUGUACGGCAAGAGCAACUUCUCAGAAAUGAACCUUAUGCCGAACUUCGCGAAGGAUCGCCUGAUCGGUGGCAACGUGAACCAAAUGCGUCAACCUUAUCCACCGAAGCGGCCUUCCCAGCAGGGCAACCAAUCCGGAUCGCAACCCAACAAACAAUCCCAACAGGGCAUGAGCAAGACCGGUUCCAAAAUCAUUCGGCUUCAGCUGGAUGAAGAAGUCAAACUAAACGAGUGCGAAAAUGCUUGGCGUCCAAGUCAUCUACUGCAGAACGACAACUCCGAUGACGGCAUCAAGAAAACGGAAGAGCUGUUCAAGAAGUUCCGCUCCGUACUGAACAAACUAACCCCGGAUAACUUCGACAAGUUGGUCCAACAGGUGAAAUCAUUCGUAAUCGACACCGAUGAUCGUUUGGACGGUUGUAUCAAGCUGGUCUUCGAGAAAGCCAUUGCCGAACCGAACUUCUCCGAAGCUUACGCCAAGAUGUGUAAGGAAAUAGGAACGAUAGCUAUAGCGCCCUCCGAGAAGCGCGCCGUCUUCAAGAACCGUCUGCUGUCUCAGUGUCAGGCCGAGUUUGAGAAACGCCGAAACGAUCAGACUUGUGCCAUUCGUGACAAUCGCAUCAAGCUGGAAGCGAACAAAAAUCUGGCGAAACAGGAAUUCGAAGAACUGAAGGCACAACUCGAGGAGGAAGAACAAAAAGUGCGGCGAAGAGCCGUCGGAACGGUUCGAUUCAUCGGAGAGCUGUACAAGCACGGUCAGCUAACCUCCAACAUUAUGCACUUCUGUAUCAAACAGUUGAUUGAGAAGGACAGCAAAGACUAUGACGAAGAGACACUGGAAUGCCUGUGUAAGCUUCUAACCACCAUCGGUUCCAAGAUGGAUAAGGAGAACACCCAAAAAAUGGUUCCAUAUUUCGAAAAGAUGGGUGAAAUUGUUCGGAAUAAGGAUAAAUAUCGAAUCAGCAGUAGGAUUCGGUUUAUGAUUCAAGAUGUGAUCGAUUUACGUCGAAACGGGUGGCAACCAAGGCGACAGGACCUCAAUCCGAAGACGAUGAACCAGAUCCAGAAGGAAGCGGAGACUGAACAGCUUCAGAUUAACAUGAGUUAUCUGCCUCGAGGUGGCGAUAUGGGCCGAGGAGGUCGGGGUAAUAUGCAAGGCGGCGGGGGCGGCGGUUCGAAGAUGUCCGGAUCGAUGGGUUCCGGUGGCUUUGGCCAAGGUUCGCUCGGACGGGGCGGAAAUCAAGGUUCGAUGAAGGGCGGUCGGAUGCAAACCGACGACGAUGGAUUCCAGCAAAUUUCGACCAAUCGAAACAACCGACAGCAGCCGUUACAAAUUGAUCCGAAGAAGAUCAACCUUCCCAGCAGUUUGGACGUUACGGCACGGCUUGGAUCGGCAGCUAACUAUCAGGGCUGGAAGAACAACAGCAACAUCUUUGCUGCUCUCAACGCCGAAGAGAACCAAAGCGGAGGUGGAGGUGGAGGCGGCGGCAGCAGUAUGAUGGACCGUGAUGGCGACCGGAGAGAUCGGGAUCGAGGUGGUGAUCGGGACCGGAAUCAACGUGAUCGUGACCGUGACCGCGAUCGGGACCGAAGCGGUAGUCAUAACAAAAACUCAGGAAGCUACCACAAAGGAUCGAUGGAGCGAGAACGGUAUAACCGAUAUGGAAGCAGUAGUAGUCAAAAUGAUGAUCGAAUGAACCGAUCGUCACGUGAACCAUCGUCGGGCAGCAUGCGACCGAUGAGUGGCCAGCACAGCAAUAGCCAAAUGCAUGAUCGCGAUCGAGACCGUGGCAAAAUGCCACCACAACAACAGCAGCAGCAGCCUCCAUCGAUGCAGGGACGAUCGUCGCAGCAGCGACAUAUUCCACAAUCGACGACUCCUCUACUAGGUAAAAUGGGUCCACCAACUAGCAGCGGCAGUGCCCUUACGAAAUCCGGCUCUGGUCAACUGUACCAACAGCAACCACUGCCUCAGUUUGCUAUACCAAAGGAUGUUCCAGUCCGAAGAAGCUUCCCAGAACCCGAUAAUGCGACGGAGACCAAACUGAUGAAGUUCUCCAAAUUCAUAAACCUAGAAAGGGAACAUACGGAGAUCGAAGGAAUCGUCCAGGUGCUUGAGCAAUUCGAAAUCAAACCUGAAUACUACCACGCUGCCAUUUACGAACUGUUUAAGGACAACAUCGAGCGAGAUCCUAAAUCUCGUGAACUUGUCGGCCUUGUCGUGUCCCAGAUGUUCGAGAAGAAGGCCAUCACCAAGGCCGAUUACUUGCACGCCCUCGAGGGAAUGUUCCAGAUGGCAGACGAUCUGAUUAUCGAUAUACCUCAGCUGUACCAGUACCUUGCCUCAUUCUAUGUGACGCUUCUGAAACAGCGGUACAUCAACCUGAUCGAUAUCCGGAAUGUAGCCCAAUGCAUUCUACCGCAAUACGGUGCUUCACUACUGAAGCAUCUGCUGCAACAAUACGAAGCCCUCUACGGUAAGGAUGCGACCGUAAUGCUGUGGUACGAGUCAUCUCUCAAUCCAACCGAUUUCAUCAAAAUGGGCAACACCGAAGCUGAGAAAUACCUGACUGAGGCCAAACUGGGCUACCUGCUCGAUUCCAGCAGUAAAGCCCUCGAUAUGGAAACCGUUGGCACGCAAAUCAAACAAUUCCUGAAAACGAACGUCAUGUUCAUGGAGAUCUUCAACUGGAUUUCCAGCUACGUCGGCCCAGAGCGUGUCACUUCUAACGAGUUCAUUCGGACCCUUACGAGGGCCGUGAUAGAACACUGUAUAGACAACAAAACGAAACUGAACAUCCCAGAGAUGGGAAAGUGUCACCAAAUCCUCCAGAAGUACAUCGAUAACAAAGCGGAACGGGAACUGCAGGCGUUAUAUGCGAUUCAGCGGUUAGUAGUGGAACUUGAACAUCCGCAGAAUCUUCUACACUCCAUACUGGAGCAUCUGUGCGAAAAUGAUGUGAUAAAUGAAGGAAUCAACCUCUGGGUGGAUUCAAAGGAUCCACUGGAACAAUCCGGCAAGGGUGUGUGCUUGAAGGGGAUCACGCAGUUCAUGACGAUGUUCAUGGAGAAUUCGAGCGACGAGGAUAAUUAAUUCUGAACAUGUUUUUUUUUUAAACGCGUAAAUAUUUGACUAUUGGAAGAACAUUAUUAUACCUACUAAUGGAUAAUUGAUAAAAAUAUAAUGAAUAAAAUUAACGUUAAGAACAACAUUUAUUUACAUAUAUAUUUAUAAAUUAUCAAAUAAAGUAUCUGGUGAACCACAAAAAAA